CAGUCCCCACCGCAUCCGCUCCUUGUCUUCUGUCCGACCCCAAGUACCUCAGACAUCUCCUAAUUCCUGCGCUCGUCGACGUCGUCUCGCGCCCCGGCUGUCAUGGUGCUCAAGGUCACCACUACGACGCGAUACGCCCUGCUCGUGUUCCUCGCGAUAAUCGGGCUGCACUCCAUCCUCCGAAUCUCACACGAAGACUAUGGCCGCGCGACUUCUCUCGAGAACAUCGCUGCCCAGCUGUCCUGGGGCUCCACCGACCUGGACUCCGUUCCCGAUGAGUACUACAUGCCCGUUGAGACGACGCCCCCCGACACGCUCCUCUCCCGGCGGGCGAACGCGACGCUCCUCAUGCUCGCGCGCAACAGCGACGUGAACGACGCGGUGAAGAGCGUGCGUAGGUUGGAGGACCGGUUCAACAGGAAGUUUGGCUACCCGUGGCUCUUCUUGAAUGAGGAGCCGUUCUCAGAUGAGUUCAAGACGCGCAUCAGGAACGUGAUCCACGGCGAGGUCACCUUCGCCGAGAUCCCGCACGACCACUGGUACCAGCCCGACUGGAUCGACGAGGACCGCGCGCGCGCCGGGCGCGAGAAGAUGGUCGCGGACAACAUCAUCUACGGCGGGAGCGUGUCGUACCGCAACAUGUGCCGCUUCAACUCCGGUUUCUUCUUCCGGCACCCGCUCCUGCAGAACUACAAGUGGUACUGGCGGGUGGAGCCCGACGUGCACUUCCACUGCGACAUCAGCUUCGACCCGUUCCUGUACAUGGAGGACCACAACAAGACCUACGCGUUCACGAUCACGAUGUACGAGUUCGGCGCGACGAUCCCGACGCUCUGGGACGCGACCAAGGAGUUCGUCGACGCGCACCCGCAGUACGUCGCGCGGGACAACGCGAUGGGGUACAUGUCCGACGACGGCGGCAACAGCUACAACAACUGCCACUUCUGGAGCAACUUCGAGAUCGCGAGCAUGGACUUCUGGCGGAGCGAGGCGUACACGAAGUACUUCGAGCACCUCGACGCCAAAGGUGGCUUCUACUACGAGCGCUGGGGCGACGCGCCCGUGCACAGCAUCGCCGUCGCGCUCUUCCAGGACAAGAGCCAGAUCCAGUUCUUCGACGAGAUCGGCUACGAGCACAACCCGUACACGCACUGCCCGCGGAACCCAGACGCGUGGGCGCGCGGCAAGUGCGACUGCGAGCCCAAGCGCAGCUUCGACUACGACGGGUACUCGUGCAUGCGGCAGUGGGACCGGAUCUGGCAGUAGUCGCGACCGGGACCACCAACCUAUCUCGAUUCUCGAUCCCGCAUUUCUCUCCUGCACCGCCCAGCUCGACGCGAUCCCGGCACACGCUUCAAGCUUCAGAUCGACUCUGAGAACCAAACCAACAACGGCCACGAGUAUCAUAUGUAGCGCUUACCAUGUCACGUGUAUAUCUAGGCGUGCCCGUAGACCCCUGUGUCUGGCUUACGAUCUUGCUUCCGUCCACGACUUUGACCCUACGAGGCCGUAGCAUACUACUAGACGUUCGCUCAUGCAUAAUUUAUUGCCUGUGCUUCGAGUUCCUCACUUGGUGCUCGCGUGGGGAAGGAUCGAUCGUGAGAUGUAAUGAUGCC